AUGCUGGCCCUUCAAUGGCUGCUGGCAACUCUGCCUCUUGCCGUUGUGUCCCUCAAGUUCGACAUCCAAGCACACCCUGGCCACGAGUCGGCCGCGAAGGAACGAUGCAUACGUAACUUUGUUGGAAGAGAUCAGCUGGUCGUGGUGACCGUCACUGCAAGCGGCGCCCGCGGGGAUGGCCAGACGCUGAACAUGCACAUCAAAGACGCCGUUGGCAAUGACUAUGGCCGACCACGCGAUAUUGCAGGCGAAUCGCGCCACGCCUUCAACGCCCACGAUGACAGUGCAUUCGACGUGUGCUUUGAGAACAUCCUCACCGCCAAGCACGCCGUCAUGUCGCCCUUUCGCAGCAUCGAACUGGACAUUGACAUUGGCGCCGACGCCAAGGAUUGGUCUGCCAUUCAGGCUGGUGAGAAGCUCAAGCCUGUGGAAGCAGAGCUGCGCCGCAUCUCCGAGACCGCAAAAGAGAUUGUCGAUGAGAUGGACUACCUCCGGAGUCGAGAGAUGAAGCUGCGGGAUACCAAUGAGUCGACAAACGAGCGGGUCAAAUGGUUUGCUUUUUUGAGCAUGGGACUGUUGGUUGCAUUGGGCGUGUGGCAGAUCGUAUACUUGAGGGCAUACUUCAGGAGUAAGCAUCUCAUUUAG